AUGGCUCCAAUGAACCGGCCAGCCCCUGUGGAAGUCACAUACAGGAACAUGAGAUUUCUUAUUACACACAGUCCAACCAGUGCAACCUUAGACAAAUUUAUAGAAGAACUUAAGAAAUAUGGAGUUACUACAAUAGUAAGAGUAUGUGAAGCCACCUACGACACUGCUCUUGUGGAGAAAGAAGGCAUCCAGGUUCUGGAUUGGCCUUUUGAUGAUGGGUCAUCACCAUCUAACCAGAUUGUCGAUGACUGGUUAACUCUUGUAAACAUUAAAUUUCGUGAAGAACCUGGUUGUUGUAUUGCUGUUCAUUGUGUUGCAGGUCUUGGGAGAACUCCAGUGCUUGUUGCCCUAGCACUAAUUGAAGGUGGAAUGAAAAAUGAAGAGGCAGUACAGUUUAUAAGACAAAAGCGGCAUGGAGCUUUUAACAGCAAGCAACUUUUGUAUUUGGAGAAAUAUCGUUCUAAAAUGCGGCUGCGCUACAAAGACUCCAGUGGUCAUAGAAACAACUGUUGCAUUCAAUAA